AUGAUUAAUAACGCCGCCACUAUGUACAAUAACAUUCGUCCUAAUUUAUCUCUCACAUGCCAUUUUUUGCAUAGUUUGGUAAUUGGAAAUUGUAGAAUUUGUAUCAGGUCUUACACCCCUUCAAUAUCAUUUACUUACAAUAAAGUUGCUACACAUAAACGUUUUGCUGUAAGAAAUCCCAAUUUAAAUAUUGCAAAGUUAGUACCACUAGUGAAACUGAGUGAUAUUGAGAUUGAAACUAUAAACAACGGGUUUUGGGAAAAAAAUGAUCUUGUUUUUACUGGAAGGGAUACAUUGUUGAAAGGAAAGCUAUCAGAUCUAGACAAAUAUAAGUCUAUUAAUCAUAAGAAUAAGAAUAAGAAUAAUUAA